AUGAAACAACAACCAGAAAAUCAGUGCAGUUUGCAAACAAAGAGACACUUGUAUCCAAUUCAAGAAUUUCAUUUCACACAAGAAGGAUGUUUUGGUGACGAAUUACCAAAUCAUGCCUCCUCGGCAAUACAGAAUAACGUUGAAAACAUGUCUAGUUGUUCUUCAUUCAUUUCGCACCAUGAUUUAAGAAACAUUCUCAUUAACAUUUCAGAAUGUGUCCAUCCACAAGUUGAAAAAAGAUUUUCAUGGAUUUAUAAAGCUCAAUCCAAUGCCUUACUUUUUUCUAUUUUGGGAGAUCAUUCACACUAUAAUAUUGCUCAAUCAUUGCAUGUUUUAAGAUCAGCAUGUGAAAACAACAAACGAGAGAAUGUCCACAGUUCUGGAGUGAAUUUGUUAAGAAGAGCCUUCGCCGUGCAUGUUCUAAAUUCUCAAAAUAGUUCACCUCAACCAUGUCAAAAUUCUCGUGUGGACACCACAGCAACAUUACAACUCUAUCAAGAUUUGUGUUUUUCAGAUAUCAAUAUCUUACCACAAGCUAGGAAAAGUAAUGCCGUGAAUUUCUACUCAUUCUGUCUCUAUCAAAGUGAACGUAAACGAAUUCGCUUACAUUAUAUUUACCCAACCACCACUACUACAAACACUACAACUACCAAAAGUGAUUCUUCCAACACGACCUCUCAAGAAGAUGAACGCACGAUUCCAAGCCAUCCUCAUCAUGUUCAACAAGAUCAGUUUCCUCAUGAUCACUAUGGAAAUGCCUCGAGUAUCAUUUUGUGUGGUUCUCUCGUGAAUCAAUUCUUUCAAGUGAAACGAGUGGAAACCAUUCAUUCCAACACAAACUGUUCGGCAGAAUAUGCCAUGUAUAAAUUAUGUCGAGGAGGAAAACAAGAAUUUCAAAUGCUCCAACGUUACUGA